AUGUCUGGUUGGGACGAACCCGUCUCAUCAAACACGCCACCAGGCAGCGGUGAAGCAGAUUGGCUUGCUGGAGCCGACGAUAUAUUCAGUGGCAGCGGGGCUUUACUUGCCGACCCGCGUGACGUGCGGCGGGCUGAAACGGCGCCUAUGGUUCUCACCAUGUUUUCAUCCGAUGGGACGCUUUGUAUUGGUAGCCUUGAGGCGGACGUUCCCCCGGAGGAGGAGUACCGAUAUGCAGAGGAAUAUCACCGGGAAUAUUACUCCAAAUACCCCCGUGACCCGCGCAUGCUUGUUCCGCUACGCUCCAAUAACUUCGGAAGACGUGGCAGUGGUGCAGGAAGACGUGGCACCUCCGCCACCAACACACAACCGCAAGACGGUGUCGGAGUUGUCGGUGACAGCGGCACAACUAAAGUGACGGGCUCCACAGCAGUAGGAACUUCAGUAGGAGAGCGCACGCCAAGGCAUGACCUCUGCGGCGAAGUGGCGAGGCUGAACAGCGGGAGCGCCUCACCGCCGCGGAGGGGGUCGCGGGACGCCGCUCCCACAGGAGGGGAGACGGAAGGUUUCAAGCGGCUUCAUUCGGCCAUGGGCUCCCUCGAGCCACCCUCCGCAGCACCCGGUAGUAGCGGUUCUUUUAGUGUAAACGUUGGUGCUGUUGACCUCGCGAAUAUGAAAGCCAACGGCGAAGGAAUGCAAAACGGCUCGUUGACGCAACAGGACACAUCCAGUGGGCAGCAGCCUCAGCAAGUUGAUACACUCUCACGACGGGCACCAGGCAGCAGCAGGAACCGUUCUACGUCAAACUAUGGACAAAAGAACGGUGCAUUUAAGCAGCCUAGUAACGGUGAAGUUGGUGGUGACAGGUUCACAAACGAAGAACCGACAACAGCACGCGAUAAUCUUGAAUCGAAUCAUGCCCUUGCUGUCUCUGACGAAUUCAGGUUGCAGGUUGUUUCCCUUUGCAAGGAUCAGGACGGAAGCCGCUGUGUACAACGUCUCCUAAAUAAUCCGGAGAACAUCGAACCGAUCUUCAACGAGGUGUUUCCACGUACACAUGAAUUGAUCAUUGACGUAUUUGGAAAUUAUGUUUUACAGAAGUUGUUGGACAUGCUACCUACUGAGAGUGACAUGUGCAAACGACUCAUAAAGCAAGUUAGCGGAAGGUUAAAGGAGUACUCGUUUCAGAUGUACGGCUGCCGCGUAAUCCAGAAGAUGUUGGAAAAGGCCUCACCGGAGAAGCGGGAGGAGGUGCUCUUCGAGCUAAAGGAUUGCCUUGUAGAAUGUAUAUUUGACCAAAACGCUAACCACGUAGCCCAGAAACUCAUUGAAGUCAUCCCAGAGAAGACGCAGCUGUUGGUGGACUCCUUCAUGCCGCACUUAAAGGCGCUUUCGCGUCACCCGUACGGUUGCCGUGUGUUGCAGUGCGUUUUCGAGAGGUGUUCUACAGCACAUGGAGUGAACAUUCGCCCCAUGUUAGAAGCCGUGCUCGAGAAUGUACAUGAGUACGUGAUGGACCAGUAUGGAAAUUAUGUUGUGCAGUAUGCUCUUUUGAAUGCGCCUGAGGAAUUACGACAACGCUUCGUGACUCAGUUAAUACCGCACGUAUAUGCCCUUUCGUGUAGCAAAUUUGCGUCUAAUGUUGCCGAAAAAACUAUUAUCAAGGCAAAUGCAGAAGAACUGCAGCAAGUUGUAGAGACGCUCACCCAUCCUUUAGGUGCUUCAGAAGAUGGCAACUACCUCGUGCUUAUGAUGCAGGAUCAGUACGCAAACUAUGUCGUCCAACGUUUACUCCAGCAAGUGACAAAGGCACAGCAGCAGCACAUUGCGGAGCAGAUAAGGCCGCACCUCCACACCAUACGUUGCUCUGUAUAUGGACAGCACCUUGUACAGAAAAUGGAGUGCAUGGGCAUGCCACUGUGGGGAGAGGCGGGUGCUGUGUAUGGUGGAAGUUUCCCCUGUGACUUUAAUGGUUCACAUUCUCCGAGUAGUAUGGGUCGCGGAGGAAGUCGGAAACCAAGACAAAGUUCGACGGGCCACAGCAGCAUGAGUAACACGCAGGGGAUACACAGUAACUCCAUGAGUUUGGUAGAACACUCGAUGAUCCCUGGCAAUACAUAUCCGCAACCUUCUCCAGGUGCUGUUGCGCUUGGUGGUCAACCUAUGCUCCCACUUGCAACAACUGGUGGUGCACACUGCGGUUACGGUUAUAUCGGUUCCCCAACCGACACGAUGAUUAUGACGCGUGCGCCGCCGCCGCCGCCGCAGCAACCACAACAACUUCCCAUGGGCACACCCGGCCUGGCAAUCAGUAGUCAGGCAUGUUUCCCAGGCAUGAUGUCUCCACCUCAACGCUCAAUGUCGGAUGGGCGGGACAUGUACUCGGCAGGGCUCGUGUACACGCGGGGUCGUGGGGAAAUUAUGAGUCCCACACCUUCUGAUGGUUUUGCACAUCCGUUUCAGGCGUAUCCCGCAACUUUAGCCCCAAGGGUUUUCUACCGAGGUGGGGCUCAGAGUUUUUACUCCUGCAUGCCAACGCUGUAG